CGGCACCGCCCGCACUAUAAACCCGCGCGCUGCCGCCGCCGUUUAAAGGGGCCGUGGGUUGUGCGAGGCAUUUCCCUGGAAAUGAGGAAUUUCCCUGGAAUUCUCUCCUUGAACCCCAAUCCCGGGCAGAUGUUUCCCGCUGGGCUCUGGCUCUAGGAUGUUGGAGAACCGAGAGGAAGAGCUGACCACGGUGCGGGUGCAGGAUCCGCGCGUGCAGAACGAGGGCUCCUGGAAUUCCUACGUGGAUUACAAGAUCUUCCUGCACACCAACAGCAGGGCCUUCACCGCCAAGACCUCGUGCGUGCGGCGCCGCUACCGAGAGUUCGUGUGGCUGCGGCGGCAGCUCCAGCGCAACGCCGGCCUGGUGCCGGUGCCGGAGCUGCCGGGGAAAUCGGCGUUUUUCGUGGGCAGCACGGAUGAGUUCAUCGAGAGGCGCCGGCAGGGGCUGCAGCACUUCCUGGAGAGGGUGGUGCAGAGCGCGGUGCUGCUCUCCGACAGCCGCCUGCACCUGUUCCUGCAGAGCCAGCUGCCCGUGCCCGCCAUCGAGGCCUGCGUGCAGGGCCGGGGCCCCCACUCGGUCACCGAGGCCAUCCUGCACUACGCCAUGGCCGGGCCCGCCUGGGGACAGCGCGGGGACAGCGACGGCGCGGGGCUGGGCCCGGCCAGCUGUGCCAGCCUGGGCAGUGCCCGGGGCUGCCUGGAGAGCUUCCCCUACUGGGGUGACCUGGGCAUGGACGAGGCGCGGCCGGAGAGCCCCGAGCGUCCGGCCGGACACAGAGUGACCCCUCUGGACAGCCCAGAGUGUCCAGCUGGACAUGGAGUGACCCCUCUGGACAGCCCAGAGCACCGAGUGACCCCUCUGGACAGCCCAGAGUGUCCAACUGGACACGGAGUGACCCCUCUGGACAGCCCAGAGUGUCCAGCUGGACACGGAGUGACCCCUCUGGACAGCCCAGAGUCUCCAACUGGACACGGAGUGACCUCUAAGGAGAGCCUGGAAUUCCCAAAAUUCCCAUCUGGACACUGAGUGACCCCUCAGGACGCCCCCAGGCCCCGCAGCCCUCGCUGGGAGAGGGAUGGGAGCACUGGGAGCACUGGGAGCACUGGGAACGCGGCCCCAGCACAUUCCUGAUAUUCCUGAUAUUCCCAGCAGGGUUUUCCUCACUCUGCUCCUGCUCAGAUCCCUCUGGAAUCCCCAGACUCGGUUCAAAUCCCUCUGGAAUCCCCAAACUGGGACAAUCUGAGCCGAGCUUCCCGCCGGGAAAAGGGAGGAAUGGAAUUUGGGGCUGGAAUUUGUGUCCCCUUCCCUCUGUUGGGGCUGUUCCAGGGAUUUUUGGGAAAGCAGGAGCAGCUCGGGUGGUUUCGGUGUCUUCCCCUCCCUCAGCACUUGGUGUGGGCAGGAAAUAAAAAUUAAAUAAAAAUUAAAAUAAAUGAAUAAAACUCAAACAGAAGUGGAGGAGAUUUUCCCGACCAUUCCAGAUCAUUCCAGAUCAUUCCCGGAGCAGCCAAAUUUUGAGAGGAAAAAGGGAUUUA